AUGGCGAGUAGUAAUGAGAUGUCUAAUGGAACUAUGAUGUCUGUCAUCUCGGAGUACUCAAAGUUACAUCUCUCCAUCGCUGUGGUGUGUUUAUGUAUCGUAGCCGUAUUAGGAGUUGUUGGAAAUUGCUUAGUUUUAGGAGCAAUUAUGAUGUCUAGGAAACUACAAACCAAGACAAACUGCUUCAUAGCAAGUUUAGCGGUCUGCGAUUUACUAUCCUCUCUGACUCUCCCUGGGCAAAUCGUCGUGAUCAUGAACAUGAUUAAACAUGACACCAACGUGUCCUCGGCGACUCUCAAACUUAUCUUUUCUGCUCUUAAUGUUGUCUGUAUCUCGUGUAGUAUUCUUACUCUGGCGGUUAUCGCUCUGGAACGCGUCAUCAUUGUUACAAGACCACGGGAACUCUAUCGCCGAUUGUUCUCCCCCAGAAAUAUAGCCGCCAUCAUUGUCUUUACUUGGGCAUUCCCACCUCUUGCUAUUAUCAUGAUCGACGUCCCAAAGCUGGACAACAUCGACCACUACAUCAACGCACACACAUGCAUGAUCAACGACGGCGACAACAAGCUCCAUCUUUAUGAUGUCAUCGCCUUCAUCAACACCAACUCCGCCAUCUUCAUCAUUUUGAUUUGCUACUUGCAAAUUUAUCUACACGUAAAGCGUCAUCGUCGUACCUUAAGGAAGAAAGAAACUCACCAGUUUAAGUCCAUGCCAUCCUCUUCUGUGCUAGUCAGUUCGAAUUUUUCUGCAAGUUCGUCCAUUGGUUCCCCUGUUGCUGACAUAAAAACACUAGCUAAUUCACAUGAUAACGAAAAGGAUUCUUCUGAAUCCAUAGACCAGACCUCAACAGGUCUUCAGUGUUCAUCUACAGAACCACAUAGACUGUGCAAAGCCUGUGGAUGUGUGACGGAUGUUACGAGCAGAGAUUCGCCAUCACAAAUCAAUGGAAUUGGCUCAUUGGCAUCAGCUAGGAAUGGGGAGUUGGUGGUCGCUACAAUAACAACGAGGAAGUUGGUGGUUCCUGGAACAAACUUGAGUCCUCCUCUUGUCAAGCCCUAUGUAGCCAGUGAAACUAAUCACCAGUUACCACAUACGUCACCCGGUGAAUGUAACAUACAAGACAAAAGUGGCAACAUUUAUUUACAAGUACCACCGUCAUCACUGACUAACAAGCACCCCAGUAGUGUAAACGCGAAUCUUAUGACACAAUGUCCUACAUCGUACCGUUGUGAUUUUGAAAGCGAUUCCUCCAAUAUCAACGUGACUGAUUUGUUGGAAGAUGAAACUAUCUUGCCCAACAUGCCAUUCCCCAUAUUGGUAGAUGCUCCCAGCACGAGCCAAACAAGCACCCCAGCACACAUCCUGGGAGCACUCAACAAACCUAAAACAUGCAUCAGUACACUCUCCAUCCCAAGAACACCAUCGAUGACCGGAUCUAGUGCCGACUUGUGUCAAUCCAUGUUUAAUCGUCGCUCCAAAAAUCGGAAAAGGGAUGAAAUGGCGAUCACAAAGAACCUCCUGAUGGUUGUCUUUGUAUCCUAUCUAUGCAUCAUGCCCGAGAUGGGAUGUCUCUUCGUCCGAUUCAUUCACGGUCCCGUAUGUGCCUGUCUGUAUUCCUUCAUCAUUCUUGUCUGUAACCAUUGCAUCAAUCCCUUCAUUUACGCCUAUCGCCAUCCCAUAUUCAAACCUGUCAUGCAAUGCCUGGUGAAAAUGAAGCUGUCAGACAUUCCAGAACCAUCUCGAUGGUUGAGGCGAGCCAUUUCACGACAUCAGUGA